UUUCUUCCAUGUCUUCUGUCACAAUGCUACAGAAAUGGCUGCGGCACAAAGUGCCAAAUACCUUGAAUGCCAUGAGGAUGUUGGGAUCGUACGGGGAAAUUUAGAAACGGAUCUCAGUAUUGAAUAUUCACUGCAACUCCGUUCGAAGCGAUAUUUGGGGAUAGCAGCGCGUGCUAAUGGUAUGUUUUUGUUUAGGGGGUUUGCACAUUUUAUAUUCAUUCAGACUGCUCGUACCGGUACUUGAUCUUCUGGCUUCAUAAAAGUACCAUAGAUUCCCACUUUUCCCCUCUGUGGAGCUUCUUGUCUUUGGGAUUAUACCGUCUAUCCUGCUGGAAUCUUUUUCGAAAUCUUGAUUCGAGGCUUGUUUCUCCAAGCAGCAGAGAUGUACGUUAUCAAUGCUUCGCCCGAGGUAGACGCGCAGUCAAACUACCCCCUUAUCUUGGGGGUCACGAUACCUCUGUUGGUUUUGAUGUUGACGGUGGUUGUGUUGAGAAUUUACGUGAGAGUAUCUAUUCUUCGAUCGCCGGGACCUGAUGAUUGGUGUAUUGCCGUUGCUGCCGUGAGUACUCUACUUCAUGGAGCUUGUGAUCGAGAAUAAGAGACAAAAUACUGAUCACUUCUUCCUUAGUGUUGCAGCAUUGUUUACGAAGCUUUAACGCUUACUCGUAAGUUCAGUAUUCAUGAUUACCAGACGACGACCCAAUGCGCUAUGGGAUUGUGCUUGUCUCAAAGGUUUGGCAAAUUGAAAAUACCGGCCUAGGUGUUUCGUCACAAUUAGAAGUAAUUGGUCAAAAUAUCUGGGUUAGCUGCUUCAAAUAUCUUGAGACCUUACAAUAAGGAGAAACAUCAAUUCUCCAUCUUUCGUUCCAAGUGUUCUAUUCAAAGCUUAGGGUCUAAUCACUCAAGCAGAAUCAAGAUAUGGGCUGGGCCUACCUUUGGCACUACGUCCGGCCGUCAACUUAGACAAAUACUCAGCAGUAAGCCUAUAUUGAAAUUAGGAAUGGGCAGAUCAAAGCUGACGAGAAUAUUACAGGCUAAUUAUGCCGGACGACCAUUCUACGUAAUGGGAAUUCUGCUCUUCAAAAUCGCGCUCUGCCUGAGUUAUCUGCGAAUUCUUUUGGUGGCACAAAGAAGCUAUCGCGUCUGGGUUUGGGGAGUAAUAGUAACUUGUGUUAUGGCACAUUUAUCAUAUAUAUUUGUCCUGCUCUUCAACUGCACGCCUGUUAGUUCUCGUCUCACAACAAUCUAUACAAAAGAUCACUGACCAAUACUUUCAACAGGUCCACAAAUCAUGGCUCCCAAGAAUACCAGGACGAUGUCUCGACAGCGCACCCGUCAAUUACAGUUUUUCCACCAUAGUAAUGGUGUUUGACGUCACUAUUUUCUUGCUUCCUAUACCAUUCAUGCUCAGACUUCAGAUGCCUAAUCGCAAAAAAAUGGUGUCAUUGCAGUUUUCGUUCUAG